GGUGGGCGUAUUUUUAUUCGCAACAAGCAAGAGAUUCUCUUUCCUCAGCUAUGGCUGACGGAGAGAAGGUACCACCACUAACCAGGCAGUUUUCCAAAACUGCAGUCACUCGAAAGCACUUUCGUCGUGACCAGACGCAAGAGAGGCGAAAGAGCAGGGGCCCUGUGACAGACUCCAACAAAGAAAAACAGCAAAAGCUCAAGGAAGAAAAAGAAGCUAAGAGAGCGACCCUGGAUGCACGUCAUCAGCAUCUAUUCUCCUCAGUAGCUGCUAAACUUGGCCUUGAAGAUGCUGAAGUUGAAGAUUUUAUUUUGGAAGGAGACCAGCUUAGUAUGAUGGACGAUUUCUUUGCUGCAAAUGGUCCAAAAGGGUUGUUAUUUUUCUACAAAGAAGUUCCCACUAAAACUCCAGAUGGUAAAGCAGGAAAACCUGUUAAAGAGCUCUACGUUACUGAUGGGACUAAAGAACCUUUCCCGGGUCUUGGCAUGUUCUUUCUACGUGCGUCACCAAAAGCACUGACAACUGCCAACAUUGCGCAAGACACAAAUUUUGGUGUCCUAGAAUCAAGGAGUGGAGGUGGACUCCUUGAGGCAAUGGAAACACUAAUGAAGAACGUGUUUGUGCCUGCACUCAAGGAGCAGUCUAACUGGGGGGAACUCUCAAAGGAUGUGUCGGGUCAUAAUGUAAAGGAAUCAUUCCUUGGGAAACUUGACAGUUUUAUCUCUGUCCUUGCUAAUGCUCGUGCAAGCGUAGCCGACGCUGCAAAGCUUUCCCCUUGCUCUCAUCCUGGCGUGUCUGCAGUCUCCUCUCUCUCUGAAGCCAUGGUAGCUGCUAAUGUGCCAGAGAUAGUUGAAGGUGCUGAAACGACUGCACUCCUAUGGUGUAAAGAAAUAGAGCAGAUACUGACAGAAUCUGAGCAGUUGAGGAAAGAGGCUGAUGAUGUUGGCCCCAAAGCAGAACUAGACCAUUGGAAGAAACGUCUUGCCAAGUUUGACUCGCUCACUGCUUGUGUCAAGAGCCCUCAGUUCAAGACUGUAAUGAGCAUUCUGUUAGCAUCAAAGUCUAAAGUGUUGAAGACGUGGAAGGAAUUAGAUCUUCAGAUCACUGAUUUUACUAACGAGGCAAAGGAUAAUGUCAAGUUUCUUUAUACGCUGGAAAAGUAUUGUGAACCUUUAUACAAGUGCAAUCCAGUAAGCAUGCUGGAUGCUAUCCCAGGAUUAAUGAAUGCCAUCAGGAUGAUAAACAGUUAUUCACGGUAUUACAAUACCUCAGAGCACAUGACGGCAUUAUUUGUCAAAGUCACCAACCAGAUGAUCAACGCAUGCAAGGCACACAUCACUGACAAUGGGUAUCACAAGGUUUGGGAGCAGGAGAGAGACCAGGUUGUCCUCAAGAUGGAGCAUUGCAUAAAGUUGAAUGAAGAAUACCAGCAAUGCUUCCAGAGGACAAAGAAGCGCCUUGAAGACCAUCCUGAUGAGAAGCCUUUUGAUUUCUCUGAAAUGUACAUUUUUGGCAAGUUCAACAGCUUCUGCAGAAGGCUGCAUAAUAUUACCGAGUUCUUGAAGACAACAAAAGUCUACGAGACUCUCUCCCUAUCUCGUAUUGAGGGUAUUGAGACUUUUAAUUCUCGUUUUAGUCUCCUAGCGACUGGACUUAAGAAGAAGCCUUAUGAUGUCCUUGAUCACAGGAAGGAGGAUUUUGAAGUUGAUUAUGAGGACUUCAAGUUGCAACUGAAAGACCUUGAUUUUCAGCUUCAAGCUCACAUGGACCAGUUUUAUGUAGGGCUCACUUCAGUUGAAAGAGCUAUUUACUUUACAAAGAAAUUUGAACGCCUUAAAUUGCCUUGUCUGGAUAUGUUAGCAAAGUGGAGGUUGACUGUUGAUUUAUUUGUUGCUGAUCUCAAGUUUGUACAAACCGAGUACAAUUCCAAGAAGCACUCUCCUCCUCUUAAUCGAAACCUGCCUCCUCUUGUCGGGAAGAUUGCCUGGUCUCGCCAGCUCUUUCAUCGCAUCAACAAACCUGUUCAAGGUUUCCAGUCUUUCAAGAAAGUCCUUGAUCUACCGGAAACUCGGAAAGCACUCAAGGGCUUUAAUAAACUGGCACAGGUGUUGGUGGAAUAUGAAUUGAUUCACACUAAUCUUUGGAAUAAGAAAAUUUCCGACGUUGAGAAGAGCCUCAACUCAACUCUCCUUGUGCGAGACCCAGACACUCAAGUCGUGUACGUCAACUACGACCCACAGAUUCACGAGCUAAUGAGAGAGAUUGAUGUGAUGGGACAGCUGGGGAUAGAUGUACCUCCAAAAGCAAUGGAGAUGAGGCAAAAGAGAGAUGAGUUGAAAGAGAAAUAUGAUAGCUUAAAAUUGAUGCUGGAGGAGAACGAGUCUGUCAGAGCUCAGAUCCCCGACCUUCUCUUCAACCUCAUGUUGCCUCACCUUGAAAUGAUGGAUGAGACACUGAGCCCUGGCCUGACCCUUUUACGCUGGACCUCACUAAACAUUGACUCAUACAUUGAGAGUGUGAGGGCCUCACUCAAAGAGCUGGAGACGCUCAUCAGUCGUGCUAAGGAUAUACUGGAUGUGAGGAUUGAGGGAGGACUUAGCCGAAUUAAACAAACUGUUCUCUGUGAGUUGCCUGACGGAGAGCAAUGGACACCUCAACAGUUCAUGGAUAAAGUGAAUGCUUUGUGUGAAAAGUGUUCCAGUGAGCUUGAUUCUCAUACUUUAAAACUUGAGCUGGCCACUACUGAGCUCCUUAAGCUCCUCCUCUCUCUUGAGGAUGAGAAGGAGCUGGAGCUACUUUCAUCAGACAGCAGUCCAUCUGUAGCUACUGUUAGGACUGGAGUGUCCCGUCGCUCAAGUGUUGCACAUGUAGACAUGAGUCUACCUCCAGGAGAAGCAGCUGAAAUGAGACGAAAGAAAAAGAAAGAGGAGCUGAGAGAGGAGGCAGGGGCUCUUUUUGAUUAUAUUUCCCGGAAGAACAGCGAGGCACUUGUACAGGCAACCCGUACUACACUAGAGAAGCUAAAGAAAGCUCUCAACCCUCCAAUAAUUAACUAUGCCGAUCAAAGUGACGAGAAAGGAGAGAGACAGCCUGUGCUUAAAGUCCACUUGGAACUAGCAAUACCUAACCUUGUCGUGAAGCCAAACUUUGAGUCAAUACAGGGAACUAUUAAUGAUAUUGUUCAGACUAUACUGGGAGUCCAUAAGAGGGUCUAUCAGUGGGGACAGGCUAGGAUAGAGCCAGGGAGUGAAUCGGAAGUCCCUUCUUUGACAUCAGCAAGUCAAGGAGCCCUCGCUGCAGCUAGUCAGACUCUCCCAAGUCCUUCGCAAGCUCAAAUGUCAAAGAAGCCAGAGCUAAAGAACUUUCAUCGAAAUGUAGUUGAGCACAAGGACAUUGCAAAACUUGUCUCUGGUCUUAGUUCAGCCAUCACUGCAGCAAAGCCAACAGUAAUGGAGAGUUUUAGAUACUUUAAUGUUUACGAGGAUUUAUGGAAGACCGAGCAGUCGGUAAAGAUAGCCGAGUUUAUGGAUAAGGACCCAUCUCUGGGAGACUUUGAGGGUGAGAUGAAACAUUACGAAGUAUUGGAGGCCGAGAUUGAAGCAGAGAAUGAUCUGAUCAUUGUUGGAGCUUUUCUCCUUGAUGCUACUAAUCUUAAAUUAUCCAUCAUUGCCGAGUCAAAGUCAUGGAAGGUUCUUUAUGGGCAGCACAUGAACACCAAGUUCAGUACCUUAAUGGAGAAGACCCUGGAACAAAUUGAAGACAUUGCAAAGAGACUCAGUCGACCGAUAAAAGACCUUGAUGAUGUUCGUACGGCAAUGUCCGCCUUGUUAGAGAUCAGAGAGAAUGAGAUUCAAAUUGACAUGUCUCUUGGACCAAUUGAAGAGUCUUAUGGAGUGUUGAGUAAGUUUCAGAUUCAAGUUCAAAAAGAAGAGGCAGAGAGAGUAGACACUCUUCGUUACUCUUGGCAGAAGCUCCUUGCAUCAGCUGCUCAAGUCCAGGAUCACUUGAUCAAGAUACAGUCUGACUUCCAAGAGAAGCUCCUUACAAAUGUUGACAUAUUUAAAGUAGAUACAGAGAAGUUCUAUGGUGACUAUGCUACAUCUGGGCCAAUGGUCGAAGGGAUUGCUCCCAGGGAAGCUUCGGACAGGUUAAACCUGUUUCAGACCCAGUUUGACGAGUUAUGGAGACGCUUUCAGACAUACACUGACGGCGAGAAACUCUUUGGUCUCUCUUCAACUGCCUACCCAGAGCUGGAUAGAAUCAGGAAGGAACUUAAUCUCCUCCAGAAGUUGUACGGCCUUUAUAACAUUGUGAUGGACAGUGUGGAUGGAUAUUAUGACAUACUUUGGACAGAGGUUGACAUUGAGAAGAUAAAUAAUGAGAUCCUUGACUUCCAGAACAAGUGCCGAAAGUUGCCUAAAGCUGUCAAGGACUACAAAGCAUUUGAUGACUUGAGGAAGAAGAUUGAUGACUUUAACGAGACUUGCCCUCUCCUUGAAAUGAUGGCAAACAAAGCUCUGAAGGAGAGACACUGGCAAAGAAUGGAGGCAGUUACUAAACACAGCUUUGAUGUCGAGUCAGAGAAUUUCCUUUUGAGGAACAUAAUGGAAGCUCCUUUACUUCAAUUCAGAGAAGACAUUGAGGAUAUUUGUAUAGCAGCUGUUAAAGAGAAGGAUAUUGAGGCAAAGCUCAAGCAAGUGGUUGUUGAUUGGGGCGUCCAGAACUUUAGCUUUGCGCCCUUCAAGACAAGGGGAGAGCUUCUGCUCAGAGGAGAAGAAACUUCUGAAAUUAUUUCACUAAUGGAAGACUCUCUGAUGGUCCUAGGAUCACUUAUGUCCAAUAGAUAUAACGCUCCCUUUAAGAAGGACAUACAACUUUGGGUUCAAAAGUUGUCAAACUCAACUGAAAUCAUUGAGAAUUGGCUUGUUGUUCAGAAUCUCUGGGUAUACUUAGAAGCAGUUUUUGUUGGAGGUGACAUUGCAAAGCAGCUUCCAAAAGAAGCUAAAAGAUUUCAAAACAUUGACAAGUCUUGGAUAAAAAUAAUGACUAAAGCACACGAGAUCCCGAACGUUGUCCAGUGUUGUGUUGGAGAUGAGACACUUGGCCAGUUGCUCCCUCAUCUCCUGGAGCAGCUGGAGUUGUGUCAGAAAUCCCUCACUGGCUAUCUUGAGAAGAAGAGGCUCAUAUUUCCUCGAUUCUUCUUUGUGUCUGAUCCUGCACUCCUUGAGAUAUUAGGACAAGCAUCAGACUCGCACACCAUACAAGCUCAUCUUCUCAGUGUCUUUGAUAACAUAAAGACUGUUACUUUUCAUGAGAAAGAGUACGACAAGAUACUUGAGAUCAAGUCAAGAGAACCAGAAACAAUUGAACUGGAGCAACCAGUAAUGGCACAAGGCAAUGUUGAGUUAUGGCUGGGCAGUCUUCUCACUGCUUCAUUGAAUGCAGUCAAGUUUGUGAUCAAACAGGCAUCAGUUGCUAUUGCUGAUCCUAACUUUGCACUAAUGGAAUAUCUCAACAAUUAUCCAGCUCAGGUUGGUAUUCUUGGUAUUCAACUCAUAUGGACAAGAGAUGCUGAAGUUGCUCUCUCUCAGGCUCGCUCCGACAAGAAGAUAAUGGCCGCCACUAAUGACUUCUUCCUUGAAAUGUUGAACUCACUGAUUGGGAUGACAACGCAAGAGCUUAAGAAGAUAGACAGAGUCAAAUACGAGACACUUGUCCUCAUUCACCUUCACCAGCGAGACAUCUUUGAUGAUCUGGUUCGUUUGAAUGUCAAAUCUGCAACUGAUUUUGAAUGGUUAAAGCAAAGCAGGUUCUAUUUCAAUGAAGACACUAGCUCUGUCGUUAUUUCAAUAACGGACGUUGACUUUACAUACCAGAAUGAGUUCCUUGGCUGUACUGAGCGUCUGGUCAUUACUCCACUCACUGACAGGUGCUAUAUCACACUAGCUCAGGCCCUUGGGAUGUCACUGGGAGGAGCUCCUGCUGGCCCUGCAGGUACUGGUAAAACAGAAACUACUAAGGACAUGGGUAGAGCUCUAGGUAAAUAUGUGGUUGUGUUCAAUUGCUCAGAUCAAAUGGACUUCCGUGGCCUUGGGCGCAUUUACAAGGGCCUGGCCCAGUCUGGCUCCUGGGGCUGCUUUGAUGAGUUCAAUAGAAUAGAACUACCAGUACUCUCUGUUGCUGCACAGCAGAUAUUCAUUGUGCUGAUAGCUAAGAAAGAAAGGAAGACAGAGUUCAUUUUUACUGAUGGUGACGUGGUCAGUCUUAGCCCAGAGUUUGGACUAUUUUUGACAAUGAAUCCUGGUUAUGCCGGUAGGCAGGAGUUACCAGAGAAUCUCAAGAUUAACUUUAGGCCAAUAGCCAUGAUGGUCCCUGAUAGACAAAUCAUUAUUCGUGUCAAACUAGCUUCUUGUGGUUUCCUACAGAACAUUGUCCUUGCCUCAAAGUUUUAUACAUUGUACAAACUUUGCGAGGAACAGCUAUCAAAACAAGUUCAUUAUGACUUUGGGUUAAGGAACAUCCUAUCUGUCCUUCGUUCCCUGGGUCCAGUUAAAAGGAUGUGUCCUAACGACAGCGAAGAGAUGAUUGUAAUGAGGAGUUUGCGUGACAUGAAUUUAUCUAAACUGGUUGACGAGGAUGAGCCGCUGUUCCUCAGUUUAAUAAACGACUUGUUCCCAGGGAUCACCUUGGAGACUGCUGGCUAUCCUGAACUUGAGGCAGCCAUUGAUACUAGGGUCAAAGAGGCUGGCCUUAUCAAUCACCAGUCCUGGACACUCAAACUAAUCCAACUGUUUGAGACACAGCGUGUCCGUCACGGUUUCAUGGUCCUUGGUCCUAGUGGAACAGGUAAGACUUGCUGCAUUAACGUACUAAUGAAAGCAAUGACCGACUGUGGAGAGCCACACAGGGAAAUGAGAAUGAAUCCAAAGGCCAUCACUGCCCCACAAAUGUUUGGUCGUCUUGAUGUAGCCACUAACGACUGGACUGAUGGUAUAUUCUCCACUCUAUGGAGACGGACUCACAAAGCAAAGAAAGGAGAGCACAUAUGGCUAGUCCUAGAUGGACCGGUAGAUGCCAUAUGGAUAGAAAACCUCAACAGUGUACUGGACGAUAAUAAGACACUGACGCUUGCUAACGGUGACCGUAUUCCCAUGUUCCCUGACUGCAAGAUUGUCUUUGAGCCGCACAAUGUUGACAAUGCCUCCCCAGCCACUGUAUCUCGUAACGGUAUGGUCUACAUGAGUUCCUCUGGUCUGGACUGGAAGCCCAUUCUUCAGAGCUGGCUCCUUAAAAAAGUCAAAGAGAAGAAGAUAACCUCAUCAGAGUCUGAUAUACUUCUCAAUAUAUUUGAAGGCUCAUUCAUUGACAUAUAUAACUAUGUGUCUGUGAUGCUUGAGGCAAAAAUGGAGCUACUCCAGUGUAACUACAUAGUGCAGGCUUGCUACAUAAUAGAGGGACUCAUACCAUCAAAGGAAGAGAAUGUAUCACUAAAGCCAAAGCAUCUUGAGCACUUGUACAUAUUUGCAAUAAUGUGGAGCAUAGGGGCCCUCCAGGAGUUGGACAGUAGGGCUAAGAUGGAGUCAUGGAUGAAAGAGCAUAAACCUGAUCUGGACUUCCCUGUGCUUCAAAAUGAAGGUGAUACUAUUUUUGAGUAUGUGCCAGCGGAGGAUAAUGGUGACUGGAUACACUGGUCGACCCGUGUUGAGGAGUACGUGUAUCCAAGGGACAGCAUACCUGCCUAUCACACCAUCCUUGUACCUAAUGUCGAUAACGUCCGCACUGACUUCCUCAUCCACACACUGUCAAAGCAAUCCAAAGCUGUUCUCCUCAUAGGAGAGCAAGGGACAGCUAAGACUGUCAUUAUCCAUGGGUACCUCUCAAAGUACAACGUUGAGGAGCACCUCAGUAAAGGUCUCAGUUUCUCUUCUGCUACCACCCCGGGUCACUUCCAGCGAUCAAUCGAGAGCUACAUUGACAAGAGGGUGGGGACCACUUACGGCCCACCAGCUGGAAAGAAGAUGACAGUCUUUAUUGAUGAUGUGAACAUGCCCAUCAUUAACGAGUGGGGGGAUCAGAUCACUAACGAGAUAGUACGACAGACUAGUGAAAUGCAGGGUUUCUACUCUCUUGAGAAACCAGGGGACUUUACGCACAUUGAAGAUAUUCAGUUCCUUGCUGCCAUGAUCCAUCCUGGAGGUGGUCGUAAUGACAUACCUCAGAGACUAAAGAGACAGUUCAGUGUCUUCAAUUGCACUCUGCCCUCUAAUGCUUCCAUUGACAAGAUAUUUGGUGCUAUUGGUUGUGGGUACUUCUGUGCUGAGAGAGGCUUUGGCUCUGAGAUAAUUGAAAUGAUACCAAAACUUGUCAUAUGUACCAGGAAACUGUGGCAAGACACUAAGGGCAAGAUGUUGCCUACUCCAGCUAAGUUUCAUUAUAAUUUCAAUCUUCGUGAUCUCUCUCGUAUCUGGGAGGGUAUGCUCCACGUUGAGAAAGAGACCAUGAGCUCUCUUGAGGUUCUCUUGGGUCUCUGGAAGCACGAGUGCACACGAGUCAUUGCAGACAGGUUCACUAACCCAGAAGAUAAGGAGUGGUUUGAUAAAAGGGUACCAGUGGUGUUUAGCGAUGAGAUUGGACCUGAUGUUGCCUCUAGGAUACCAGAGGAACCUUAUUUUGUUGAUUUCCUGAGAGACCCACCAGAGCCGACUGGAGAUGAACCUGAUGAUGCUGAAUUAGAAGCUCCUAAGAUAUAUGAACCAAUUCCAUCAUAUGCUGAAGUGGAGGAGAGACUCACUAACUUCCUACAGCAGUACAACGAGACGGUGAGAGGCUCUGGAAUGGAUCUUGUAUUCUUCAAAGAUGCCAUGGUCCACUUUAUAAAGAUAUCCCGUAUCAUACGAACAGACCGUGGGAAUGCACUCCUAGUUGGAGUGGGUGGAUCAGGAAAGCAGAGUCUCACGAGACUGGCCUCAUUCAUUGCAGGGUACAAAACCUUCCAGAUCACACUAACAAGGACCUACAAUGCUAACAAUCUACUGGACGAUUUAAAGAUUUUAUACAGAACAGCAGGUCAGCAAGGUAAAGGAAUGACUUUCCUGUUCACUGAUCAAGAGAUUAAGGAUGAAGGCUUCCUCGAAUACAUUAACAAUGUCCUCUCUUCCGGGGAAGUCUCAAAUCUUUUUGCGAGAGAUGAAAUUGACGAAAUAAACUCUGAGCUAAUCCCGAUCAUGAAGAAGGAGUUUCCAAGACGGCCUCCCACACCCGAGAACCUUUAUAAUUACUUCUUAACCCGCGCCAGGAAGAACCUUCAUGUUGUACUCUGUUUCUCGCCGGUAGGAGAGAAGUUUCGUAGUCGCUCGUUGAAAUUCCCUGGGCUUUUCAGCGGUUGCACCAUGGACUGGUUCAGCCGCUGGCCCAAGGAUGCUUUGAUUGCUGUUGCUCAUCAUUUUAUUUCUGAUUUUGAUAUAAUGUGUACUCCUGAGGUGAAGCAAGAGGUGAUAAAAGCCAUGGGUGUAUUCCAAGACUUUGUUGCUGAGAGUUGCGUUAAUUAUUUUGAGCGAUUUCGUCGUACAACGCAUGUCACACCAAAAUCUUACCUCUCAUUUAUCUCGGGAUAUAAGAAGAUUUACAUUGAAAAGAAAAGUCAAGUGCAAGAGCUCUUUGACAGAAUGAACACUGGACUUGAUAAACUGCUGGAAGCUGGUGAGUCUGUGGCUGAGCUUGCUAAAGAACUUGCAGUGAAAGAGAAGGACCUAGUGGUAGCCUCAAAGGAAGCAGAGAAAGUUUUAGCUGAAGUGACAGUGAAAGCACAAGCUGCUGAAAAGGUCAAAGCUGAAGUUCAAAAGGUGAAGGACAGAGCCCAGGCAGUUGCUGAUGCUAUAUCAGCCGAUAAAUCCGUUGCUGAGGAGAAGCUAGAGAAAGCAAGGCCUGCUCUAGAAGAGGCUGAAGCUGCUCUGCAGACAAUCAAAUCAGGAGAUAUUGCUACAGUGAGGAAGCUUGGCACUCCUCCUCACCUCAUCAUGAGGAUCAUGGACUGUGUGUUGCUCCUCUUUCAAAAGAAGCUCAACAAUAUGGCACAAGAUCCCGAGCGUCCUGGCCCAAAGCCCUCGUGGUCAGAGUCACUCAAGCUGAUGAGUCAGACUGGUUUCCUUGCAAGCUUGCAGACCUUUCCAAAGGACAGCAUUAAUGAAGAGACUGUUGAACUGCUUGAGCCAUACUUUAGAAUGGAGGACUACAAUUCUGAAACUGCAAAGAAAGUGUGCGGUAAUGUUGCUGGUCUCUGCUCUUGGACAAAAGCAAUGUCUUUCUUUUAUGGGAUAAACAAAGAAGUCCUUCCCCUCAAAGCCAACCUGGCUAUACAGGAGGUCAAGUUCCAGGCAGCACAGGCUGAGCUUGAAGAAGCAAACAAGACACUAGCAGCAAAACAGGAGGAGCUUGAUGUUGUUAGGGCACUCUAUGAUGAGGCGAUGAGUAAGAAACAAGCACUGAUUGAUGAUGCUGAAACUUGCAAGAGAAAGAUGAAAGCUGCCUCAGCACUCAUUGAAGGACUGGGAGGAGAGAAGGAGAGAUGGACCCAACAGAGUAAAGAAUUUAAAUCUCAACUCGGAAGGCUGGUUGGUGAUAUAUUGCUAGCCACUGGUUUCCUCUCAUACUCUGGUCCUUUCAAUCAAGAGUUCCGUGGCAUUCUAAUUGAAGCUUGGAAGAAAGAGCUUGCAUCUCGUAAUGUACCAUUCUCCCUCGACCUCAAUCUUGUUAGUCUGUUGACUGACUCUGCCACCAUCAGCGAAUGGAACCUUCAAGGUCUUCCCAACGAUGAGCUCUCAGUCCAGAACGGAAUCAUCGUAACUAAAGCCACUCGUUACCCACUGCUCAUUGAUCCACAAGGUCAGGGGAAAACCUGGAUUAAGAAUAGAGAAGCAAACACUGAACUUCAGAUGACUAACUUGAAUCACAAGUACUUCAGGACUCAUCUAGAGGACUGCCUCUCUCUCGGUAAGCCGCUUCUGAUAGAAGAUGUGGAAGAGGAGCUCGACCCUGCACUUGAUAAUGUACUGGAGAAGAACUUUAUUAAAGCUGGCAGCACUCUUAAGGUGAAGGUUGGAGACAAAGAAGUCGACGUUAUGAAAGGUUUUGUGUUGUACAUCACAACUAAACUACCAAACCCUUCCUAUGCACCAGAGAUCAGUGCCCGUACAGCUAUCAUUGACUUCACAGUGACAGUGAAAGGUCUUGAGGAUCAGCUCCUUGGACGUGUGAUACUGACAGAGAAGCAGGAGCUAGAGGUGGAGAGAGUUAAACUGAUGGAGGAAGUGACAGCCAAUAAGAAGAAAAUGAAAGAGCUUGAGGACAGCCUUCUCUAUCGUCUCACCUCAACAAAAGGUUCUUUGGUUGAUGACGAAUCCCUCAUUGAAGUACUGAGGACUACUAAAAUCACAGCAGAGGAUGUUACUAAGAAGCUAGAGAUAGCAGCACAGACUGAGAUCAAGAUAAACACAGCAAGGGAAGAGUACAGACCAGUCGCUGCCCGUGGCUCUAUUCUCUAUUUCCUGAUAGUCGAGAUGUCAAUGGUGAGCGUCAUGUAUCAGACCUCACUCGUUCAGUUCUUGGAGAUCUUUGAUAACUCCAUGGCUCGCUCUGCCAAGUCUCCUGUGACUGCUAAGCGUAUCAGCAACAUUGUAGAGUAUUUGACUUUUGAGGCUUUCCGAUAUUCCACGAGAGGACUUUACGAAGAGCACAAGUUCCUUUUCACUCUUUUGCUGGCUUUGAAAAUUGACCUGCAGAAAGGACAUGUGAAACAUAACGAGUUUCAGACUCUGAUCAAGGGAGGGGCUGCGUUGGACUUGAAGGCAUGUCCCCCCAAGACCUCUCGUUGGAUCACUGACAUGACAUGGCUCAAUUUAGUUGAGUUGUCAAAGCUCCAGCAAUUCUCUGAAAUACUAACACAAAUAUCUCGUAAUGAUAAAGGAUGGAAACUGUGGUUUGAUAUGGAAGCUCCUGAAGAGUCGCCUAUACCUGAUGGAUACAACGGUCUUGAUACCUUUAGGAAGCUCCUCCUUGUUAGGUCCUGGUGUCCUGAUAGAACAUAUGCUCAAGCUAGAAAGUACAUCUCAGAGUCCUUGGGUGUGAGAUAUGCUGAAGGUGUCAUCCUUGAUGUAGAGGGAAUGUGGAAGGAGUCCAGGAUAAGAGUUCCUAUGAUUUGCUUGCUCUCAAUGGGAUCUGAUCCUACAAUGACAGUUGAUGGGCUUGCUAAGAAAUACCAACUAGCUUGUCAUACCAUAUCAAUGGGUCAGGGACAGGAAGUACAUGCCAGACGACUCCUCCAACAAUGCCAGACUCAGGGUGGUUGGGUAUUAUUACAGAAUGGCCACUUGGCAUUGGAUUUCAUGGAUGAGCUACUCAACACUAUAGUUGAGACACAGUCAGUCCACGAGACCUUUCGGCUGUGGAUGACAACCGAAAUACAUCUCAAGUUCCCUAUUAACCUCCUUCAGAUUUCUAUCAAGUACACGUUUGAGCCUCCCCAGGGAGUAAAGGCUGGACUCAAGAGAACAUAUUCUAGCAUGACUCAGGAGCAUCUUGACUACAGCAACCUCAUGCAGUGGAAGCCGUUGCAGUAUGCUAUUGCUUUCCUUCACACUACAGUCCAGGAGAGGAGGAAGUUUGGUCCGCUUGGCUGGAACAUACCUUAUGAGUUCAAUCAGUCUGAUUUCAACGCAUGCACCCAAUAUAUACAAAACCUUCUUGACGACAUGGACAUUAAGAAGGGUCCAUCAUGGAGUGCUAUACGGUAUAUGGUUGGUGAGAUACAGUACGGAGGAAGAGUCACUGACGACUUUGACAAACGUCUGUUGAACACUUAUGCAAAGGUAUGGUUUGGCGAGCACAUGUUCCAGACCUCGUUCAUGUUCUACAAGGGAUAUCAGAUCGCUGUCCUUAAGACUGUCAAGGACUAUCUUGACUUCAUUGAGAAGCUGCCGCUAAUAGACACACCAGAGAUAUUUGGAAUGCAUCCUAACGCAGACAUAACGUAUCAGAGUAACACUGCAAAGGCCUGCCUUGACACUAUACUUGAGAUCCAGCCCAAGGACAGCAGCAGUGGAGGAGGAGAGACAAGAGAGUCAGUCGUACGUAGGCAGGCUGGAGAAAUGCUGGAGAAACUCCCUGACGACUACAUACCUCAUGAAGUGAAGUCUAGGCUUCAGAAAAUGGGCUCAAUAGCUCCCAUGAACAUAUUCCUGAGACAAGAGAUUGAUCGUAUGCAGAGAGUCAUUGGUUUAGUAAGGAGCACUCUCCAGGACCUCCAGUUGGCCAUUGAUGGAACAAUCAUCAUGAGUGAGAAUUUGCGUAAUACCCUGGACUCUAUGUAUGAUGCUAAAGUGCCUCCACUUUGGAAAAAGGUCUCAUGGGAAUCAACAACCAUUGGUUUCUGGUUUACUGAACUCCUGGAACGAGACACACAGUUCAGGUCAUGGAUCUUUACAGGCCGCCCCACACUCUUCUGGAUGACUGGUUUCUUUAAUCCACAGGGUUUUCUGACAGCUAUGAGACAAGAGGUUGCUAGAGCACACAAAGGCUGGGCACUUGACAGUGUAGUUCUCCACAAUGAUGUGACUCGAAUGAAUAAAGAAGAUGUGACUGCCCCUCCUCAAGAAGGCGUGUACAUACAGGGCCUAUUUAUGGAUGGAGCUGGUUGGGAUCGUAAGAACUCCAAGCUUGCUGAGCCCACCCCUAAAGUGCUUUAUGUCACCAUGCCAAUUAUUCAUGUAUAUGCCAUUAACACCAAAGGGGCAAAGGAUCCUAAACUAUACGUGUGUCCUGUGUAUAAGAAACCCCGUCGUACUGAUCUAACUUUUAUUACCGCACUCUAUUUAAAAACCACUCAAAAUCCAGACCACUGGGUGAUGAGAGGUGUAGCUCUCCUUUGUGACAUUAAAUAACUUUGUAUUAUUAAGUUUAUUGUAGAGACUUAUUAUUAUAGUGCUAGUGUAUGGUACACAUAUAAUAACUUAUUGUAGAAUUGUAAUUUUUGAAUGGGCAUGAUCCACUGUGUUUCAUUUUGAUUGCCUUGUUUUGGAGUUUGCAUUUGCAGAGCUGCUGGUUAUUUCAAUUAUAUAAUUUCAC